UAAUUUAAUUUUGUGUUAGUUAUUAUUAAAAGAUGUAAUACGAGCGCCUACAUCAUUUUAUGAAAUAACCUUUUAUUUUCUAGCUGCGGAAAAAAAUACAAACUGUUUAAUAUUUAUGUUGUAUAUAGAUAAAUAACAUCUCCUUAAGACGUUAAAAAUGGGAGGAGGUGAUCUGAAUUCGAAGAAAUCAUGGCAUCCCAACACUAUGAAAAACCAGGAGCGUGUUUGGAAGGCGGAGCAAGCCAGCGCAGAAGAGAAAAAGCGUAUUGUGGAGCUACAGAGAGAGCGUGCCGAGGAGCGCGACCGUGCGGAGCUCAACGAUCUCGCCAAACGUACAGCUGGAGCCUCUGGGCCCAAUGACAAUCGCUUGCAUUGGAUGUAUGAUAAACCUGAUAAAAAGGUCCAGCAAGAAGAUUUUCUCCUUGGCAAAGCCAUUGACAGCAACCAUGAGGCAGAUAAAGUUGAAUCAGAUUACAUUCCUGCUGUGGCUCGGAGGGUGGUGGGUUCCAGCAUGCUGGCCAGCGUGGGCGACGCGCAGGUUGACCUGGCGAGGAAGAUGCGAGAGGAUCCACUGAUGCUAGUGAAGGAGAGGGAGAGAGCUGCCCGGGCAGCCCUCUUGAAUAACCCUUUGCAAAGGCGUCGUUUAGCUGAGUUGCUCAGGAAAGAUCAGGAGCAAAGAAAUCAAAAGAAGGAAAAGAAAAAACCAAAGAAAGAUAAAGAUUUGGAUAACAUGCUAGCUGCCAAACUCACUGCAAUGGGUCAAAAACAAAUUGAUCUAGCGGCUCUACUGGCUUCUAAUGAUUCCAGUUCCGAUUCUUCCUCUUCCGAGGAGCAUAAAAAAUCCAAAAAGAAGCACAAAAAGUCAAAGAAACAUAAAAAGGAAAAAAAGAAGUCAAAACGUGAAGACUCCAGCGAAGUUUCCUCAGACGAAGUUGAUAGAAAGAAGUCUAAACAUAAGCUUCGUGUCGAAAGAAGCAGGUCUCCUAAAACUGAGAGCAGUAACCAGAAGUCACACCAUCGGGGAGGCAGCCCUAAUGACUCAGAUUACGAACAUAGAAACAAGAAAUACAGAAGAGCCGAGAAACCUGAAGCGAGAUCGGACAAAGACGGCCACGGGCGGAUGCGGAGGGACAGCGCCGAGCGGGGGAGGUCGCCCGACCGGCGGGGGAGUCGGCCGUCAGAGGAGCGGAGACAUGGACAAGACCAAAGGCAACAGUCGCCCGACCGUCGGAGACGGCCAAGAUCGGAGGAGAGGACCUACAGACCGGAGGAGAGGACCCACAGACCGGAGGAGAGGACCUACAGACCAGAGGAGAGGACCUACAGACCAGAGGAGAGGACCUACAGACCAGAGGAGAGGACCUACAGACCGGAGGAGAGAACCCACAGACCGGAAGAGAGGACCCACAGACCGGAGGAGAGGACCCACAGACCGCAGGAGCACGGGUCGAAUAAAGCGGACGCCCGGGGAGGGUACAAAAAGAAGAUCGGGAUGAGCUCCUCGGAGCGCUUGGCGGCGUUAGCGGCCAUGACGGCGGCGGGCGCGGAGCGCGAGCGGGAGCGGGAGCGGCGCGUGGCCGCCCAGCGCGCCGCCGCCGCCGAGCGCGAGCCGCCGCCGCCGCGCGCGCUGCGCACCGAGGCGCACGCCCUGCCCGACUCGCUCGAGAGCCGCAUACACUCCAACCGGCACUACAUCCAGCGGGAUCGCACGCAUAUGGACAAACCUUUUGCGCGCAGGUGACCCUGACUCUAACGCGACGACUGUUGUUGGCUCUUAAAAUUUACAA